AUCUUCACUUUGUUGUCUGGUUGAAGAAAGUUUCCGAAAAGUAGUUGUUUGCAUGAGUAUUGACAUCAAGGGACCUGUUCUGGGUGGAAAGAAGAUUCCCUCUCCGGCCGUGGCUGCUUCUGCUGCCUGCUGAAGUUUGCUAGCCGGAAUACUGGAACAAUGUCUUUAGCAAAUAUUGGGGAGAGCAGGAUCGGCGAGAGGCUCGUCCUCUUGACCCUUCAGGGAAGUCAAGUUAUAACUCGCCUCUAUGACAUCAAACAGUAUGCGUCGGAGAUGUGCAAAUUGGUGUAUGAGGAAAAGCCCAUGGAGAGUGUGAUAAAGUAUGUGGUGAAGAAGUUCCCCAACUGGGAGUACAAGCAUGUCCCUAGCUCGAAUCACAUCAAGGCAAACGCCGGGGAUAUCCUGAAGGACAUCAAGAUGCCCAUUGAUAUGCUCCGAGAUCUGCUGGAUUUUAAAGAGCGUACGCUGGAGCUGUUCAAUAUCAUAGCGGCCGCCCAGCUGGAGUUUGAUGUUACCUACAACUAUGACAUGUGCCGGCUGUACAUGGACAUCCUGACCCUGUACUGCCAGGUAAUGUUCCUGUUGCCUCGCGUACAAGACGUCAAAGUUCUGCUCGGCGUCUACCAUGUGUGCGUGGAGUCCAUCAGCGGUACAGUAGAUACCUUCAUACCCCGCAUUGCUAACAUUGUGCAAGGACAUGAACAAAACAUGUUCAAACGUCUUCAUGAAGACAUGAACAUUUUCCAUCGGCCAAUCAUCCAGUGUGUGACGUCAGCAGGACCAGUGAUGAUGAGGAGAUUGAUCAGUGCCGAGCAGAUGCAGAACCAGAACACAUUCAACUUGUUCAACAAUCCCAACUCCAUGCGCAAGGCAACCCAGUACAACUUGCCUGCCGUGGAGUUUAUCAAUAUCGAUGCGUUUGUCAAGUGGACUAUGUUCGGGUUCUUCUGCUGCACCGGCACGUUUGUGAUGAACGAUGACGCAAUGGCCCUGGUCAGGAUGAUCCUCACGGACCAGUACUGUCUGACAUUGUUCAGAGAUGAAGUCCUGCCUAUCGGUCCAGCUCUCGAGGGUGCCGUCAAAGCUGCCAAAGUGCCCAAGCUGGAGAAAGCCUUUGCCGAAUCUUUGACAGCAGCCAUCACCACAAGCCCUGCUACGCACAAGGGUAGACGUGACUUCUUACGAGGCACUCUGAAGGAAUGGUAUCACCUGAUCAGUGACAAGCCAGGCCUGCUAGGACCCAAGGCUCCUCUAGUGUUGCAGAUGCUGUCGAUGACGAAAGACGAGGUGCUGUGGCUGUGUCGUCACCAGGAUGCACCCAUUCCUAAGCAAGCUAAAGGCAAGGUUCAUGCCGAGGAUUUCCAGGACCCUCACCUGGCUGAGCUGCUAUUCUACCACAUGGAGAUGAUGCUGCUGAUCAAGAAACAUCCAAACAUGAUCCGCCGCUACUACUGCGACUUCCUGAUCAACUAUGAUAAGGAGAACAUAAUAGCACAAAGAAAUCAACUGGGCAAUGAGGGAGAUGAGCAUGGUUGUGUGGAGAGUAUGCUAGCCAGCCUCAACAACUUGUCCAGCACAAGGCCAAAUUUUGAGGACAUGGACUACAAGCCACCGUCAUUGGCAGCUAUACGUCUGGACUGGAUCCGUACUCAGAUCUUCACAUCUCAGAAUCCCCUGGGUAAUCCAUUGCGCAAGGCACCGCAGUUCUGCAUUGCACUGCACAACACUACGUUUCACACAAACAUGGUCGACAAGCUGUUGCCCACCAUCGAUGAGAUCUCAGAUUUGGGAAUGCUGGUGUCUUAUCAUACUGUCUUGGAUCGUGCAUUCCAGGAUUCUCUCGGUGAAUCUCAGGGCAGCAGAUUCUCGAUUGCCAUCCCCUACAUCUGUGCGCAAUUCUGCGGAGAGAACCUGCGCUACUGUCCCGAAGAGCUUGCUUUCAUCGGUGCGUACUCAGUCAAGCUGGUCAACUCCUACCUGGAACAAAUCGCUGACACACUGGGCAAGCGGGUGCUCAACCUGGCGGAAGACUUCAUCACCAUGAACGCAGCGCUACUGCCACACAAUGCUCUACUGCUGGCCGACAGCAAGGGAAAGCGAAUCAAGUCUGAGGCGAAGAAGAAGGGCAAGGAGGCUGAGAUCUUUGACCAGCCUGGCCUGGAGAGCUACCGUGUACGGCGUGAAGCCCUGUCCAAGUCUGACGAGAAGCUCUAUGGCAUCAUGGACCUGUGCUACGCACUCAACCUGCUGACAUCGCUGGACGUGUGGAAGCAUACGUUUGUGCCGAGGGAGUAUGCCAUUCAACCACUGCAAGCUGCAUUCAUGGUGCUAAUAUUUGCUCAGCUGGAGCUACCAGUGGUCCCCAGAGAUAAGGAUGUCCCCGAAGUGAGAAGGCCCACUGUUCUGCUGAACGCCAUCAAGGGUAUCCUGAACAUGCUGAGGAUGAUCGAGAACUUCCUGAACAUUGACGUUGUGCGAAUCUUCAAUGCCGUGCUGCUUCAGCACGCACAGGACAUGGAGAUCAAUAGUCAGCCAACCAUCUGCCAUGUCUAUUCAUCAUGGUACAACACUGUGUUGAUGAAGCGUAUCUGUGCUGGCACAGGGUGCUUUGCAACAAAUCGCCACUGCUUUGUGAGCCGUGGAAAAGAAGUCUUCCAAGCUGAAAUGUACACCGACCCUACAGAGUUGAAGGCUCUGUGUGAACUGGUCGGUGCGUAUGGUAUUCGACAUAUUGGAGAUGAGUGUAUUGAUCUCAUUGUGUCGCAAGUCAACGAGAUCAAGAAACUGCUCAUCACCAACAAGGACCUGUUGCACAAUAUCCGCGGCAACUCGGACAAGAUUGAAGUGUGCUGCGACUGGAUCAAGAAACUGAACGGAACCGAGGAGUUGCUUCAACGUCUGACCAUUGUCGGUACCAUUCUGAACUUCAGAAAGCUUCUCUUCAGUGCCAUGAAGGAGGUGUUGAACAAGCGUGUGCCGUUCGUCAUGAACUCAGUGAUUGACUUCAAGGAGCACUACUCGGGCAGCGAUAAAGCGCUUGAGCAACUCGACUAUCUGGCCAUCACCGCUGGUCUCGAAUGCAUCGUUGAUCCCAAACUGAAGUCUGCUCUGGUCACCCAGUGUGAUGUCAACCAGCAAGACUACUUGCUCUGGUGUCUGAUGCUGAUCUUCGUUGGAGUUGGUCUACCCACUCUGGCCAGCAACGACCAGAGUCAGUAUCAGCCAUCGCUUGCAGGCUACGAGAACAACAUCCACUGCAUCUCCACGGCUGUCAAUCAGCUGUCCGCCGCCAUCUUCACCAUCAUCGGCUACUGCACCAUUCAGGAGAGAAUGCACGAGUUCUUGGCUGUUGCUACGGCUCAUCUUCUGCGACUUGGUCAGGAAAACGAGAAGGACGCCAGACAUCGUGACUCCAUCUACAUCCUGCUGCAUCGAUUUGUUGAAGAAUCACCGUUCCUGACCAUGAACUUGCUGGAAACCUGCUUUCCGUACAUUGUGUUGAGAAACUCUUACAACAUUGCCUACAAGCCAAAGAAAGAAAAGAAGCGAAGAGAAGAGGAGUCUACAUAUUGAUGGGUUUCUGUCCCUUUUCCCCUCUCUCUCUCUUACUCCAUCAAACUAUGCUGUGUCACCUCGCAAUGGGUGGGUGAUGAGAUUAUUCAUCAUGGUGACCUGCUCUCAUCAGCUUGCAGAGCAUGUUUGAUCCUUGUCGUUGAUGACAGUAACACUGUAUUGAAGUUUCAUGCUCUUGGCCCACAUGUAACUUGGCUGUACUAUUAUCUCUACUCAUCUCCUCUGUCCUUGCCAAAUUGAUUGCCCUCUUUCCUUCUUUUUCUGUUCUUUUCGCAAACCGUGAAUUGUUUUCUCCUUUUUUUUACACUGUAUUCUAAUUGUACAUAACAGUUGCCCUGGUUUUCCCUUGUGUACACCAUAGUACUGCCACUGCAUGUAAACUCUACUACUACUAAACACAUAAUAAUGUUGACUUUGAUGCCGAGUGAAUGCCGUUGAAUUUUACCUUUACAAUACUUUGUACAAUAGUACCACCUGUGCUGAACCUACUGGAAUGAUGCA